AUGCAGACGGGACAACUUCUAGUUUUGUUUUUGACCCUCACACUUGCGGCAGUUUAUGGAGAGCCUGGAUUCCUCCUGAACACACGUCGCAUCCAGGAAGAUCCCCAACGUAUCGAGGCCGAGGUGGAGGCUCUGGUGCGUAGCUCAUUCUACGCCGCGGAUCCCACUGUCUUAACCAUUCCCCGCUGGCUGGGAGGCAGCUCUUCGCCGGAGAUCUCUGCUGUGGUUACUGCCCGACUUCAGCUGCAGGAUAGCAAUAUAGUCAGUGUGGAUCUAUCGGAAGCUAACAACGAAACAGAAAUUAUCAAUAGCGUGGCUAGCUUAGUGAUUCUCCUGAACGAAAAUUUCGAUGUGCCACUCGAUCGCAUUCUCCUAGUAGGUUUCGCUGAGGGUGCCCAUUUGGCAGGCGGAGUGGCUGCCAAGGUGCAGCAGGACUUAGGUCGUCAGUUAACCCAACUAACAGCCCUUGAUCCCUCAUCUGGAGAAGAUCUAGAGCAUAAGUUAUCCUCAGCCGAUGCAGAGUUCGUAGAAGUAGUGCACACAAAUGCUGGAGGUGAGGGCACAUGGGAGCAACUGGGUCAUGUGGACUACUAUCCGAAUGGAGGCGAAACACAGCCAGGCUGCUCCACAGACUCCUGUUCGCAUGAGCGAUCCUUUGAGCUGCUUGCAGAGAUGUGGUCCCCAGAGAAUGACUUCCUUAGUGCCCUUUGUGGAUCCGUGGAAACUCUAGGUGCCUCCAAAUGUCGUUGGUCCACCCACAAAAUGGGCCAGAAAGAAGCUGUUACAGGAAUAUAUUUCCUAGAGACCCAACAGUCCUCACCCUUUGCCCGGGGAGCCUACUACGUCAGCUUCUUGUGAGGAGCGGAUCCAAUAAAAAGCCGUAACGAAUAAAGGAAACAAAGGAGCAA